AUGAUAGAAUGAUAGCGUGGCGUGAUGGCCGAUAACGAUGUGCCACUUUCGCCCGUCAAAGGUGUUUCGAAAAUGGAUUCUCAUCGAUCAAGCAUAUAUACGCGUAGAUUCAUAUCGCUUGGAAAAACAAUUCCUGGACGGUUGAGCGAACGGCGAUGCAAUCGUAGGUCGGCAAAUUCACCAGCCAACAGCAGGUGCAACUUUCUUCCGACUGCCGGACGUAAGGGAGAAACGAAGGAACUAAACGGUAUUCAUAACUUUACGAUACUUUACUCCACCGUCACAAUAUUUAUCAACGCAUCCUCUCAAGCAUCAUCGUGA